AUGAAUGAGGUGGUUGGCCGUGGUGAUGUGAUCCGCCGCAGACAUGAAGCUCUUUCCCUUGGCCUUCCCACAACCCACUUGCGUGCAGAUCCACUCCUCUCGGUUUCCACCCGUGGAGAUAAGCACGAUCGCCGGAUCCAGCAGAAUAGGAGUGAUCAGCGGCGAAGCCGGGAGAGAGGCAGCUGCAUGAUACCACUUGACAGUCAGCAGAGGAGGAGGACUGACGUCAGCAGGCGGACUGCCUCUGGAGGGGCGAGUGGACCUCUGGAGGGGCGAGUGGGCGAGGAGGCAGUGGCGCGGCUGAGAGCGCUGCUAGCGGGGCUGGGGGGGCAAGGAGCAGGUUGGGUGGUGGUGGGGAGGGGAAUGGGGUGGGGGGGGGACCAAGCGAGUGGGGAGGGUUGUGGCGCUGCGCUGCUGAGAGCGGUGCGGCUGGCGGGUCUGGUGGGGCAAGGAGCAGCUGUCAGCUCUGCCAUUCUCACCUCCAUGCCCUCCCCCUUCCCCCAUGCCCUCCCCCUUCCCCCAUGCCCUCCCCCUUCCCCCAUGCCCUCCCCCUUCCCCCAUGCCCUCCCCCUUCCCGCAUGCCCUCCCCCUUCCCCCAUGCCCUCCGCCUGCCCCCAUGCCCUCCCCCUUCCCCCAUGCCCUCGCCUGUCCCCAUGCCCUCCCCCUUUCCCAAUGCCCUCCCCCUUUCCCCAUGCCCUCCCCCUUUCCCCAUGCCCUCCCCCUUUCCCCAUGCCCUUCCCCUGCCCCCUCCGUCUGCUCCCAUGCCCUCGCCUGCCCCCAUGCCCUCCAUCCCACGCACCCCUCAUCCAUUCCACACCCCCCACCCCCACACACCCCUCACACCCCACACAUCCAUGCACACCAGGCAAAGAGGCAAAGGCAGGGCGCGAGCAGCACCAGAGCGCUUUUGAGUCGACUCAAAAGCCUUCUCCCAUGCCAUCCACCCCACACCCCCACACCAGACGCCCCACACAUCCAUGCACACCAGGCAAAGAGGCAAAGGCAGGGCGCGAGCAGCACCAGAGCGACCCUGCCCUGCCCUGCCCUGCCCUGCCCUGUCCUGCCCUGCCCUGCCCUGCCCUGCCCUGCCCUGCCCUGCCCUGCCCUGCCCUGUCCUGCCCUGCCCUGCCCUGCCCUGCCCUGCCCUGCCCUGCCCUGCCCUGCCCUGCCCUGUCCUGCCCUGCCCUGCCCUGCCCUGUCCUGCCCUGCCCUGCCCUGCCCUGUCCUGCCCUGCCCUGCCCUGUCCUGCCCUGUCCUGCCCUGCCCUGCCCUGCCCUGCCCUGUCCUGCCCUGUCCUGUCCUGCCCUGUCCUGCCCUGUCCUGCCCUGUCCUGCCCUGUCCUGUCCUGCCCUGUCCUGCCCUGUCCUGCCCUGCCAUGUCCUGCCCUGUCCUGCCCUGUCCUGCCCUGUCCUGCCCUGUCCUGCCCUGUCCUGCCCUGUCCUGCCCUGUCCUGCCCUGUCCUGCCCUGCCCUGCCCUGCCCUGCCCUGCCCUGUCCUGUCCUGCCCUGUCCUGCCCUGUCCUGCCCUGCCCUGCCCUGCCCUGCCCUGUCCUGCCCUGUCCUGUCCUGCCCUGUCCUGCCCUGGAAGGCGCCAGCAUCAGUGCGCAAGGAGCAGCAGGAGGGCGACCCUGUGCUCUCUGGGCUGGACCCUGCUCUCCUCUCAGCGCUAACGGCCCGCAUGCAAUUCCGACUGGCUCUCUAUGAUGCGCUUUCAGCUCUACAAACGGCCCGCCUGCCCGCCCACCUGCCUGCCUGUGCGCUCAAGAUUCAGCUCGCCCAGACCGCGCUGCACAAACUCAAGACCUCCCUUCCCCCGCCCGCCCCCCCUGCUGGGGGUGAGGGGGAAGAUGCAGGAGAGGGGAAAGACGGGGGGAAGAAAGGAGAGGGGGAGCUGGCGGAGGGGGGGAGUGGGGAGAAGCAGACGGCGUCAGGGAGGGCAGCGCCUGGCAUGUGUCCCGCUAUCAACACCCAUCUGCUGCCGCCCACGCCGCCCCGUCCCACGCACCUGCUGACAUGGCAUGAGGUGAGCGCUGCUGCUGACGUGGCAGUAACGGUAGUGGUUACUGGACCACGUGGUUCAUCCGCUGACCCACCUGCUUCUCCUCCACCUCAAUUCUGCUCACUCACCCCGUUUGCCCCCCUCCUCUCCUGCCCAUUCCUCCUCCCCAUUUCUCCUCUCCUGCCUCCCCUCCCCUCCCCUCCCCUCCCCUCCCCUCCCCUCCCCUUCCCCUCUCCCCCUUUUCUUUCCCCCAGGCAUUGGAGCAUUUCUCUCGUCUAUGAACCCACCUCGCCUUCAUCUGCCAUCUGCCAUCCGCCUCACCGCCCCUACCCAUCUUGUUCUGCCAUCCCCUCUGCCUCGUCUUUCCCCCAGGCGUUGGAGCAUUUCUCUCGUCUAUUGACCCACCUCGCCUUCAUCUGCCAUCUGCCAUCCGCCUCACCGCCUGAUCUGCUGGAGCUCUCUCGCUUCCUCGCCCACUUCCGCGCCCUCAACCCCGGCCCCGUCGCCCGCGCUGCACUGCAGCUGCUGCUACUCCGAGAAGGUCUCAUUCUCGGCCACGACCCCACAGACGUCAUCCUGCAUUCGCUGCACCUGCCGCCUGCCCUGCUGCCCCCGCCUGGAGCUGCUGCAGGUGGUGCUGGCGGUGGUGGGGGUGCUGGUGGUGGGGAUGGAGGCAGCAGUGCGGCUUUAGGGAAAUUUGUCAAGAAGGCGUCGCAUGCGGUACAGGCGGUGCUGAGGGCGCAGUGCAGCAACGGAGCAAGGGAGAGGCGAAUGCUGGCCAAGCUGCUGCCCGACUGGAGCCACCUCCUCUCGCUCGCUGGUGACGUGGACGCAUGUGAUGCCGUGGAGCGCUACACCACCGCCAAUUUAGCUCAG